UGCGCAGAGCGCCUCCCCCCCGCACGCCGGCGGCCGGUGGCGAGGGGCCGGCGCCGCCAUCAUCAUGUCGGCCGAGCAGGUGAGCGGGCUGUGCGAGCAGCUGGUCAAGGCCGUGACCGUGAUCAUGGACCCGGCCUCCACGCAGCGAUACCGCCUGGAGGCGCUCAAGUUCUGCGAGGAGUUCAAGGAGAAGUGUCCCAUCUGCGUGCCCUGCGGGCUGAAGCUGGCCGAGAAGACACAGACGGCCAUCGUCCGGCACUUUGGCUUGCAGAUCCUGGAGCAUGUGGUCAAGUUCCGCUGGAACAACAUGCCUCGCCUGGAAAAGGUUUAUCUAAAGAACAACGUCAUGGGCCUCAUAUCCAACGGAACUCAAAGUAUUCUAGAGGAGGAGAGUCACAUUAAGGACGUUCUGUCUCGCAUCGUGGUGGAGAUGAUCAAGCGUGAGUGGCCUCAGCACUGGCCUGACAUGCUGAAGGAGCUGGAUACCCUCUCCAAGCAAGGGGAAACUCAGACAGAGCUGGUGAUGUUCAUCCUCCUCCGUCUGGCAGAGGACGUGGUGACUUUCCAAACGCUGCCCACCCAGCGGCGCCGAGAUAUCCAGCAAACCCUCACCCAGAACAUGGAGAAGAUCUUCAGCUUCCUGCUCACUGCCCUGCAGCAGAACGUCAACAAGUACAGGCGCAUGGUUGGAGCACCCCAGGAACAAGAAGCCCUCACCACUCCACAGAAGACCGAUCUGGCUCAGGAACCAAAGGCCCAGGCAAACUGCCGCGUGGGGAUAGCAGCACUCAACACGCUGGCUGGCUACAUUGACUGGGUGGCCCUGAGCCACAUCACAGCGGACAACUGCAAGCUCUUGGAGAUGUUGUGUCUGCUCCUAAACGAGCCUGAGCUCCAAAUAGGAGCAGCAGAGUGUCUCCUGAUUGCCGUCAGCAGGAAAGGGAAGCUGGAGGAUCGGAAACCUCUGAUGGUGUUGUUUGGAGAUGUUGCCAUGCACUACAUUCUCUCCGCUGCCCAGACAGCAGAUGGAGAGGGUCUGGUGGAGAAACACUAUGUUUUCUUGAAGAGACUUUGCCAAGUUCUGUGCGCGUUGGGCAGCCAGCUGUGUGCGUUGCUAGGCUCAGAUUCUGAUGUGGAAACACCCGCCAACGUUGGAAAAUACCUUGACUCAUUUUUAGCCUUCACAACCCACCCCAGCCAGUUUCUGCGAUCUUCCACUCAGAUCACGUGGGGAGCCCUUUUUCGGCACGAGGUUCUGUCUCGCGACCCCUUGUUGCUGGCGAUGAUCCCCAAGUACCUUCGUGCAUCUAUGACCAACCUCGUGAAGGUGGGCUUUCCCUCUAAAGCAGACAGCCCCAGUUGUGAAUACUCCCGAUUCGAUUUUGACAGCGAUGAGGACUUCAAUGCCUUCUUCAACUCUUUCCGAGCCCAGCAAGGGGAGGUGAUGAGGAUGGCUUGUCGUCUGGACCCUCGAACUGGCUUCCAAAUGGCUGGUGAAUGGCUGAAGUACCAGCUCACAGCUCCUGUUGAUACCGGACCCAUGAACUCUAAGACGGGUGAAGGUCUCUGCUCCAUCUUCUCCCCAUCCUUUGUGCAGUGGGAUGCCAUGACCUUCUUCUCAGAGAGUGUCAUCAGCCAGAUGUUUCGAACCCUGGACAAAGACGAAAUCCCGGUGAAUGAUGGCAUAGAUCUCCUGCAGCUUGUCCUUAAUUUUGAAACCAAGGAUCCUCUCAUCCUGUCCUGUGUGCUCACCAAUGUCUCUGCUCUCUUCCCGUUUGUCACUUACCGACCAGAAUACCUACCACAAGUACUUUCCAAGCUGUUUGCUUCAGUUACCUUUGAAGUUGUAGAAGAAAGCAAGUUUGUUAUGUCUGUCCAGGCUCCUAGAACUCGAGCAGUGAAAAAUGUGCGAAGGCAUGCAUGCUCCUCAAUCAUAAAGAUGUGUCGGGAUUACCCUCAGCUUGUCCUGCCAAACUUUGAGAUGUUGUACAACCAUGUAAAGCAGCUGCUCUCCAACGAGCUACUCCUGACCCAGAUGGAGAAGUGUGCACUGAUGGAGGCCCUCGUCCUCAUCAGCAACCAAUUCAAGGACUACGAGCGGCAGAAGGCUUUCCUGGAGGAGCUCAUGGCCCCCGUUGCUGGCUUGUGGCUCUCCGCAGAGAUGCAGAGAGUCCUCUCAGAUCCUGAAGCCUUUAUCUCCUACGUGGGUGCAGAUAACAAAAUUGCUGAUCCAGUCUUGGAAGAUCCCAGUGGCCUGAACCGCUCUAGAAUCAGCUUUUGUGUGUACACCAUCCUGGGAGUUGUGAAGCGAGCUCGCUGGCCUGCCGCAAUGGAAGAGGCAAAAGCUGGAGGAUUCCUGGUUGGGUUCAUGCCCAGUGGAACUCCGAUCUUCCGCAACCCCUGCACUGAGCAGGUCCUGAAGCUUUUUGACAACUUGCUCGCUCUCAUAAGGACUCACAACAAUCUCUACAUGCCAGAGAUGGUGGCUAAGCUGGGGGAAACAUUUGCAAAGGCUCUAGACAUGCUGGAGGUGGAGAAGAAUGCCAUCCUAGGUCUCCCUCAGCCUCUGCUGGAGCUUUAUGAUUCUCCUGUUUACAAAACAGUCUUAGAAAGGAUGCAGGGUUUCUUUUGUACCCUCUACGACAACUGUUUCCACAUCCUGGGGAAUGCAGGCCCUUCCAUGCAGCAGGAUUUCUACACCGUCGAGGGUCUUGCCGCCCAGCUCCUCAGCUCAGCUUUCAUCAAUCUCAACAACAUUCCUGAUUACAGGCUGCGUCCCAUGCUCCGUGUGUUUGUGAAGCCCUUGGUACUCUCCUGCCCUCCAGAAUAUUACGAAACCCUUGUCUGCCCCAUGCUGGGACCACUCUUCACCUAUCUGCACAUGAGGUUGUCUCAGAAAUGGCAAGUGAUCAACCAGCGAAGCAUGCUCUGUGAGGACGAUGCUGCAGAUGACAACCCAGAGUCUCAGGAGAUGCUUGAGGAGCAGCUGGUCAGGCUGCUGACCCGAGAAGUCAUGGAUCUCAUCACCGUUUGCUGUGUGUCUAAGAAAGGGGCUGAGCAUAACUCUGCUGUUGCUGUGGACGGAGAUGACGAUGAAGCCAUGGCCACAGAGGUGGCUCCCCCUGCCAGCGCAGAGCUCACUGAGCUUGGGAAGUGCCUGACGCAGCAGGAGGAUGUCUGCACUGCUCUGCUGGUCACUGCCUAUACGUCCCUCUCCUGGAAAGACACCUUGUCCUGCCAAAGAACCACGACCCAGCUCUGCUGGCCGCUGCUCAAGCAGGUGCUUUCAGGGAACCUGCUGCCCGAUGCCGUGUCCUGGUUCUUCACCGGCGUGCUGAAGGGCCUGCAGACACACGGGCAGCACGACGGCUGCAUGGCCGCGCUCGUCCACCUGGCCUUCCAGAUCUACGAGGCCCUGCGCCCUCGCUACGCCGAGCUGAAGGCCGUGAUGGAGCAGAUCCCUGACAUCCAGAAGGACUCCUUGGAGCAGUUCGAUUCCAAGCUGCUGAACCCAGCGCUGCAGAAGGUGGCAGACAAGCGCCGGAAGGAUCAUUUCAAGCGCCUCAUUACGGGUUGCAUUGGGAAGCCCCUUGGGGAGCAGUUCCGCAAGGACGUGCAUAUCCGGAACCUGCCGUCUCUCUUCAAGAAGGUGAAGCCAUCGCUGGAGACAGACGUGCUAGAAAACGAGGACGGAGAAGGUCUUAACACACUCUUUGAGCCCUGAGCCCGGGAUGCUGCAGCUGUCUCCUCUCCCUUCUGUCUCUUCUCCUAGUAAGCACAUUAGAUUCUCCUUGUCAUCGCCUCCAUCAGCAUCCGUCUGAAUAAAGCCCUCGCAGGCCCCGUCCCGUUCUCCUCCCAACGCUGGGAUGGGGCCUGCGGUGGCGUCUGACCCAGUCUGUUAGGCUUUCUCUUGUUCCUUCCCUUCCCCUCCACUGGAUGAGCACCUUCAGCCCUCGCAUCUCCACGAGGUGUAGACUCUGCUGGGCGAAGCCCGGUCAUCCUGCAGCCUCGGCUCACUCUCACUCCACUUCUUCAUCUUUUGGGGUUUAGGAGCAGUGCCGCCUGCCAAGGGGGCUGCCCUCACCUCGCUCUGGGUGCUUGUGGCCAGGCUUUGCGGGGAAGGCACCAGGCGCUCCCGUCACGCCUACCACACGUGUCCCUAGCGGGACAGGUAUUCUGAUCACCCCGUUUCCAGCUGGGAUGCUGAGAGCCUUGGGCUGAGGGCUGGGAGCCAGGAAGCCUCGCGGUGCUCUAGGAUCUCCUUGAGAGUAGGCUUUCAAAGGUGCAGCUCCUCCAUGCCCAUAUAUCUGGAGGUGUGUGUGUGUAUCUGAUCAUCCAGCGUGUUCUACCCAGAGCCAAAGGGAAGGCUUUUACCUUCUCCCAGCCUUUCUUGGCCCUCCCUCAGGGGGAGCAGGACAGAUUUCAUUUUUUUCUUUUUUCUUUUUACCACACCCUGGUCAUGGCCAGUGCAGGGUAUGCAAACCUGGACCAAUAGCCGAAGCACCUGCAGCCCCACAGGGAUCUCCUCCCCCCGGUGCUGGGGCAGGAGGCUGAGUUUUUCCCCAGCCUGCUCCUUCUCAGAGAACCGCGGCGGGGGGCAGACUGCAGUUUACAGGGAGGAGCCAGGCCAGAAAGUGGGGUUCAGAUGAGGCGGGGCUCCUAGCAAACUCCACAAAGCUGGUUCUUACCUGACAAGCGGCUCCCUCACCCUACUCCCCGUGGCACAGGAGCUGGGAGGGGCUGCCCAGAGCCAGCUGGCAGGCACUGAGCCUGUUUGGGGUCGCUGCUUGGGCACACCAGGCAGAAGAGCUUGGGGUAGAAAGGGUGGGAGCACAGCAAGGGCGAGCAGGCCUUCGGAAGCUGCUCUCACCCUCCUGCCCCGCUGUUCCACCAGCACCCUCCACUUUCUUCCUGGCCUCAAGACUUUUUUAACCUCUGAGCUAACGUGGCUCCUGGCUCUAGCAAAGGCUGGGUGUAUUUAUUGUGUUUUAACAUUCUGUGACUUCAUGCUAGACACAAGGGUUUUUUUUUAAAAUGGUUUUUAGAACCUUUUUUUUGUAGGAAUGUUUAAAUCGGAAGCCGUCUCUGAACUGGUUGUGUUACACCUCUGAAUGUCAGUAAAGCUAUUCCAGUUUCAUA